CUGGGCCCAGCGAAGCAGCCGCAGGCGAGGACGAGUCAGCUUACUGCUCGCCGCAGUAUUAGGGCAGGGAGGGCGAGCGUGCUGGCCGCUUGCGAUGAGAGGGGGCGGCUACGCCGGCUCAUGCCGCCCCCGCACUCUAGCUUGACUGUGGAGUGCUGGGCCGUUGUGACAGGCGCGAGGGCCGCCCCGCCCCGGUGUUUGUGUGCGUGAGCCUCUGCACGCGCCUGGCGGUUGCUCGGCCGGUUGUUCUGAGGCCCGUCUUCACCCGCCCUUCCUUUUCUCGCCAUGAGGCUGUGCGGGGCGCUCCUGAAGAGCCCCAUCCCCAAGCAGAUCGAGUACUAUUCCCGCUUUUCCCCGUCGCCGCUGUCGAUCAAGCAGUUCCUCGAUUUCGGGCGUGAUAAUGCAUGUGAGAAAACAUCAUAUAUGUUUCUGCGAAAAGAACUUCCUGUGCGGCUUGCUAAUACCAUGAGAGAAGUAAAUUUAUUGCCUGACAACCUGCUGAAUAGACCUUCAGUUAAGCUAGUCCAGAGCUGGUAUAUGCAGAGCUUUAUUGAGCUUUUAGAGUAUGAAAAUAAAACCCCUGAAGAUCCACAUAUUCUAGAUAAUUUCUUAGAUGUCUUGAUUAAAGUCAGGAACAGACACAAUGAUGUUGUUCCUACUAUGGCCCAGGGAGUGAUCGAGUACAAGGAAAAAUACGGCUUUGACCCUUUUGUGAGCAGUAACAUCCAAUAUUUUCUAGAUAGGUUCUACACCAACCGCAUCUCGUUCCGCAUGCUUAUAAACCAGCACACAUUGCUUUUUGGUGGGGUUACUAAUCCUGCUCAUCCCAAACAUAUUGGGAGUAUUGAUCCUACUUGUAAUGUGGCGGAUGUGGUAGAAGAUGCUUUUGCAACGGCUAAAAUGUUGUGUGAGCAGUAUUACCACGUAGCACCAGAACUGGAAAUUGAAGAAUUCAAUGCUAAAGCACCAGGCAAGCCUAUUCAAGUAGUCUAUGUACCAUCACAUCUGUUCCAUAUGCUUUUUGAAUUGUUCAAGAACUCAAUGCGAGCUACAGUGGAAUUAUAUGAAGGUAAAAGUGAAGGCUAUCCACCAGUUAAAACCUUACUUACAUUAGGUAAAGAAGACCUCUCAAUCAAGAUAAGCGAUAAAGGGGGUGGUGUGCCUCUGAGAAAAAUAGACCGUCUAUUUAACUACAUGUAUUCAACUGCCCCCAGACCUAGUUUGGAGCCAUCAAGAGCUGUACCUUUGGCUGGAUAUGGGUAUGGUCUGCCAAUCUCUCGUCUUUAUGCAAGAUAUUUUCAAGGUGAUCUCAAACUGUACUCAAUGGAAGGUGUGGGAACUGAUGCUGUAAUUUAUUUGAAGGCUCUUUCCAGUGAAUCAUUUGAAAGACUGCCAGUUUUUAAUAAGUCAGCCUGGCGACAUUACAAGACUACACCAGAAGCUGAUGACUGGAGUAACCCUAGCAGCGAACCUCGGGAUGCUUCCAAAUAUAAAGCUAAUCGAUAACUUGCCAAUUUUUUCUAUCGUGAUGAUGACACCUGCAUUUGGAAAUGAGUCUCUGCUUUGUUCCAAAUUCCUCUAAUCAGAAGUAGCCAAUUAUUUCCAUAGAAAUACCUGUUGUAGGACUGAAAUAGCAAGAACAGAGGGGACUGUAAAAGACUGACAUGAAGCAUUUUUGGUGUGAGUGAGUUAUUGUAACUACUUUGCCAAAACAUGCGUGAUAAGUUUGGUCACAAAUGAAAAAAUGGUUGCACUGUGACUGCACUUAGAUGAUACUAUUGUAUAGCAAAAGGGUGAGGUUCUAUUUUUAAAGAUGAGUUUCUAGUCUUAGGUAAGAAGUGGCAAAAUUGUUUUUUGACUCCUUGUUUGACAGUAACCAGCAAUAUGAUAUAACAAAUUCUUAUGUAGCUUAAUGUGUGCUUAGGAAACUCACUGUGCUGCAUUUUUAUAUGGCACAAUGUCAUCAUUAUAUUAGAAAAAACCCAGGAUCUUCAGUCCUUACCAUCAGCAUCAAUAUAUAUAUCGUUCUUCUAAUUGUCGUUCUUUAAAAUGAUUUUUUUUGGCCAUUUCAUUCUUGUAAAGCAGUGAAACUUCCAAUUUGUAAUAGGCAUCCACCUUAAUUGUGGAUUUGAAAAAAACUUUUCCUUCUAAGCCAACUUCAGUAAGGAAAAAUACCAAGCCAGUCAGGUUUGUAUAACUGGAAAAAAAUUCUAAUUGAUAAAGAUCAGUGGCCAUUCAGGUUGCAUCAAACAGCCCUUGUUUUAGACAAGCCCUCCAAGAAAACAGCCAGCCAGUUUGGCUUUAAGUUGCAGAAUGUUGAAAACCAUUUAAUAUUAAAAUGGAAUAAUUUGCAAAAUGGUAAAAAAAUAAAGACUGUUUGAAGAUUUAGAGCCUCAGAACAUUGGAUUUAGUGAGACAUGAGUUAAAAUAGCUAUCUAAAAUCAUAACAGGAGAAGGAAACUUUGUACUAAGUGGAAACAAAAGGUUCAUGUUGAAAACUAGAAAAAUGAUUAAAUGAACUUUUGCCUCCAAAAUUAUCGAUCUAUAGAAAAUGUGAUUUGGGAAGCAGUCAGGGAAAUUCUGGUAAAAUCCUUUCACAACAGUGAAUCUGGAAUUGACAGAGGGUCAAUGGAACACCAAGACAUACUUCUCCAUAUCUUUGUGUUGUAUUUUUAUGUGCGAAAUGUUGACAGUAAGAGACUAUGAACAAAAAUUCUGUUGAACACUAUUUGGUCUGUUAUUACAAUUACUUUAAUAUUUUAAGAAGAUGGUUCAAGCUUCCCUUCAAUUCAUUAUUGGAAUAUAGUAAAAUGCUUUAUUAGCAAGCAGAGUACCCCAAUUUAGCUUGCACUGGAUAUAUGCAUGAUUCCUAACCAUGUGUGUAAAUGUUUACAGUAUUGGCACCUAUAUAUGUAUGUUUUUCUAAGCAGCAACAUCAAAUUUUACCCUCUAAAAAUCAAAUUUCUGUGGAAGGAAUUUAUCUGCAUUUUCAGUGGCCUAAUGAUUUCAUUAAAGGAACAUAUGUGUUAGGAUGGAGGUCAAAUUAAUAGAAUUACAAAAUAUAAUAACUAUAUAGAAAUAUGACCAACACUUAAAACUUCCAGUUUGUAUAGAAUGUGUAAAGGCUGCCACAUCCUGUCAUGGCACCUAAGUCUGAUAAUAAGAUGGAUAGGAUUUGCAUCAAUAAAACAUCAGUAAUUCCAUACCUGUUAACUUAAAAGGAAUAGGCUUUCAAAAUCCCAUGUUAUGGUCAUUAAGAUAUAGAAUCAUUAGGGUUGGAAGGGAUCUCCAGGGUCAUCUAGUCCAACCUCCUGCAUAAUGCAGGAAAUUCACACCUCUUCCCCCCACACACACCUAGUGACCCCUGCUCCAUGCCCAGAAUAUGGCAAAACACCAUCAGGAUCCCUAGCCAAACUGGCCUGGGGAAAAUUGCUUCCUGACCCCAAAGUGGCAAUCAGCAUUACCUUGGGCAUGUAAGAAGGGGCCAUGAGAACUAAGCACUUUUGUAACCCUUCCUGCCCUUCCUCUCGUGAUCUGCCUAGGUUCACAGAAUAUACAUUUAGAUAAAGUUCAAUUUGGUAACAGAUGCAGUUGUAUCAAAUUACCUGUGUCCAGGGCCAUUUCCACAUGCUUUUAAAGAGAUGGGCCACUUA